CCGCACACUCGAUUCAGGCAGGAGUGUGCCGACACACGCGCGGCGCACGCAAGGCUUGCUCGGUCGUAUCUUCGUUGCCUGUUCAGAAGUGUGAGCGUGCUUCAGUGAUUGUGUACGCGUGUAUUGGUGUACUGCAGAUAACUUCAAAGCAGACACCUUAGGACUCGUGUGGGUAGGGAUGGACUUUGUUGGAUAUUUGUUUCCUGGCUGCUUGUUUCUCUCCAGAAUAAGACUAAGCUGAACGCAAAAGAGUCAUUAAAUGCUGAAAGAGAUUAUUGUGUUCUUAGAAAGGAUUAAUGGACUAGAAGAGCAAGAGAGGCUUCAGUUGAAAAGCCGGUCGCUCUCCAGCUUGUUCUCUGCGUUCAGCACUUGGACAGCUCCGCACGGCUCUGCCGCGUCUUUUCUUCUCUUGCCACUGCCUGGAGGACUGGGACUCUGACCAUGGCCUCCGUUCAACAGGGAGAGAAGCAGCUUUUCGAGAAGUUCUGGAAGGGAACCUUCAAAGCAGUGGCGACGCCGCGACCAGAGAGCAUUAUCAUCGCGAGUAUCACGGCUCGUAGGACUGUACUCAGCACACAGAAAAAAGCAGAAGAGACUAAAGCUGAGAGCGUUAGUGUGACCCAGGAGACCUCCAGAGGAAACGAAUGUGCCAAGGUGAAGGACGGCAAACACCACAGCCCUCGUUUUCCCAGCCCUUCCUUUGAUAAGGAUCUUUCACCUCCUCCUGCACAUAAGAGAAAAAAAAAGAAGAAGUCUGAACGCAAGAGAAGAAGGAGCUCUCCAUCUUACAGUCCAUCGCCUUUAAGGAAAAAGAAAAAGAAGAGUUCAAAAAAAAGAAAAAGGAACAGGUUGGCCUCAAAAAAGAGAAGACACAGUUCUACGAGUCCUAAAAGUAAAAGGAAAAGUGAAAGAAAACACAGAAAAAGGUCUCGAGGCCGGCCAAGCCGGAGGCAUCGCUGCCAGGGCUCUGAUUCAGAGAGUCCUACCUAUCGUUCGCUGAGCAAUGACAGCAGACAUAGGUACCACUCGCCAGAAGAAGUGUCUGAACGGACUCCAUCAAAGACACAAAAUGCAGAAGAUCGUGUGGAUUUCAGUUCCAAAAAGAACAACUCUGCAUGGAGCAAAGCACUUCCAAGUUUCCACCCAGCCUCACCUAUCAAAAUAAUUACGCUGACGGGGUCUGCUGCUGAUAUAAUUACCAAAAGGAAUAUCAACCAUGACAUUUUGUCCAAUCAGAAUAAAGAGCGUCAAGAUUAUGACUCUGGCAAUGAUACCUCCUCCCCACCAUCUUCCAAAGCCAGUUCAUCAAGGUCAAAGAUUGGAGAGGAAAAAAAUAAAAUUUAUCAAGUAGAUCUGCCCUUGCCUGAGACACUUCGCUUCACUGAUGCCGAUAAUGGCUCUGAUUCAGGGAAUUCGGUGACAAGCUACUCAUCCCUGUCAAAGCCACUGCCUGAGUCUCUAGAUGGAUUGACAAAUGUAAAGACUUCAAGGGAAAUUACCUCACUGUGUCCAGAAUCAAUGGAGGAACAGCACAAGACAGGGCACGUGGAGUUAAGGUCACAGCCUUGCUCCCCCAGAAGCAGGAGUAGGAGCGUCUCUUCACGCAGUUCCAACAGUUCAUUGCACUCUUGUGGACCUCGGCCUUCACCACAUUACUCUAGGAGCAGCUCUCUGUCUUCAGGGAAAAGAUCUGUUUCCAGGUCCCCUAGCUAUUCCGCGAAAUCACGGAAAAGAAGCUCAGACAGUCGAAGUUCCAGGUCCCGCCGAAGUCCGAGCUACUCUCGAUACAGUCCAGACAGGGAUCGUGAAAGAGAAAGGGAACAUAAGAAGUAUAGUUCAAGCGAAAAGGAGGUCAAGCGAGACAGGGAGCGAAGAAGACGAAGAUCAUAUUCCCCAAUGCGGAAGAGAAGGAGAGAUUCACCGAGUCACCUUGAAGCUCGACGGAUCACAAGUGCUCGAAAGCGGCCAAUCCCAUACUACCGUCCAAGCCCCUCCUCCAGCAGCCGCUCCAGCAGCUGUUCUUCCUGGUACAGCAGCCGAAGUCGCAGCCGAAGCUGGAGCAGGAGCCGAAGUCGCAGCCGCAAUCGGAGCUACUCGACAUACCGCAGCCAAAGCAGGAGCCCCUCUUGGAGUUCUGGCAGCCGGAGCAGCCGUAGCUCUCGAUGUCAGAGUUAUGACUCAGUAGGCAGUUAUAGUAGGGUUGGUCAUUAACCUCCAGUUAAGUAAACCAGUACUUGCUGGUGAUUAUGGAUAUGCAGAAUGUGAUCAGAAAUGCCAUGGAUUUGCAGCUGUACAUUAAUCUGUCAUUCAUCUGACAGAUUUGUGGUGUAAGCAGUGUUUUUUUUUAAGUGCAUUCUUGAAAAACUUUGGAAACUUUUCAGAAGCUUUUUUUGCACCUAAAAGGAAGUACUUUGGGAUCUGGGAAUUCUGUACAAAGAAGCAUCACCCUUCAUGUGAUCAUCGCUCCAUGUGUCUGAUAGCUAUGACACCAGGUUGGAUGAUAUCUAGUUUGCCAGGUCGUUCAUACCUGCUGUAUAUCCAGAUAUUGACAACAUAAAAACUCUGAACACUGCCCACUUCCCCUUCUUACCAACUGUGCAAGCCCUGUGAAGAAUUCCAAUCCAGGAGACUUGAGUACUAUCAUGAAAGGACAACAGAGAUUCUUGUUCAUAUCAGUCUGUGGCAGUACAUGUUCAUUCCAAGGAUUCCUCUGUCAGAACACAGUAUCAGCAACCUAUGAAACAAAUUUAGCUUUUACCGCAUUUUUUAUGUCCUUUAGUGGGAAAGAAUAGUUUAGAAAAUCAUCAUGUUGUAAUGGAAAUGAUUGAAUGAAUGACUUAAGUGGGAAUGAAGUCGCUUGAACUUGAAAGAAGGACCGCUUGGUGUUCCAUAUGAGGGAAUAUGGCAAGGAUGUAGAGGAGCAAUGCAGGAAAUGCCUCAUAUCAACAGUUAAAUUGAGAUGGCUUACUAUGUAAAAUGAAUGCUUUUGCAGCAAAAGAUUCAGUGGAUGUUACUGAAGUACACAACUUAUGGUAAGCUGAUAUGGUGACCACUAGCACUUGGGUAGAAUAAAAUGAGUCAAAUAGGUCUUACACUUUCUUGAUGAAAUAUUACUUUUGCAGGGGGCUUUAAAAAUAUGCUUAUUCAUUUAUUUAUUCUAGUAAAAUGCCCUGCAAAGGUAUAGCAUCCAACCCAGGCUUUGUUCCUGCCUUGCACUUUGUGCUGCGGGAAUAGGCUCUGGCCUAUAUGGAUGGAAAGAUGGAUGGACAGUUAUACAAUAAAGUAAUGUCUGGUUUCAUUGUCAAGAGCUGGUCAUCAUGCCUGUCACUUUAUCCUCAAGGAGUAAUAACACUCACUGAAUGCAACUGGCACAGCUGAGAUGUUUGGCACCAGUGUCUCACAGACAGUACAACUGAGGGAUGGUUGCAAAGGCAGCAUUUGCCUUUGUUUUGGUUUUCAUAUCUGCUGGGCAAACAUUUGUUUAAUUCUGGGACAUUUGUCUCCUUUUCAAAGAAAGAACAGAAACAGAGGCAUCCAAAUCAAAAAUGCAUUUUCUUCCUGCAUCACUCUUGUACCUUUUCCAUCACUCUAAAGGCUUAUUUAAACUUUUUCCUGAGAUUAAUGGCGAAAUGGCAACAGUUCCUUCAAAUGAUGUGUUUCUAUAGCUUAAGGAGAUGCCAUAUUUAUAUCGGUGAAUGUGCACUAUUUUUCUUUAACUGAUGGAAGUCAAGUCAGAGUAUGUGAAAGUUUGUAAUUUUCAAUCUUAUGUUUUAACUUGGGAACAGAUGUCCUAUUUAUUUAUUUAUCUGUUUAUUUAUGUAUGUAUUUAUUUAUUUGAUUUUAUGUGUACGUCUGCAUGUAAUUAUUUAUUGAUCUGUUUAUUUAUUUAUUUAUUUAUUUAUAUACUUUUCUUGCAUUCUGGAUAGCUCCCAAAUGGAGUCUGUGCUUUGCUGUAAUGAGCAGCUGUACGGGUCAAUAUUCAGUGCACCCCGGACAACGCAGUCUUGACCUUUGAUUGGAUGGGUUUUCGUCCAGUUAGUAACUGCUGUCCGAGUUGAACUGAUCUCAGUCUUACACCAUCAUAUUUCCAACACUAAAUAGCCCAUACUUGUGUUUUCUAUUUCUUUUAAGUACAGUAAUAAAUAAAAAUGAUUCAGUGUGAUUUUUACAUUAGCUUUCCCUCAUUUGAGUUGAUGAAUUGAAAUUCUUUGGGUUUGCCUUUACGCCAACAUUAUCACAUUGUACACUUGUGAGAGCACUUUGAAAUAAAGUACCAUGGCAUUCUUUAAAAUCCACUGAGAGACAUUAAAAGGAGAUUUAGUCUUCUUUGCAGGACUAAUGAGGCAGCGUGUACAUUUUUUAAGGCUUCAAGCAAUGGACGCCUUUUCUUUUUUUUUUUUUAUCCAUUUU